AAAUUCAAUUUGUCAAAGUCGCGUGGACGAUUGAUAAUAUAUAAUAUCUUGUAUUUGUAAUCUCCUUUUUAUUAUUUAUUUCAUACUAAUAAAAUAUUGUUUCGUAAAAAAAAUACUUAUUGAAAUUAGUUUAUAAUGAUUUUCGAUAAAUAACAACAUUAUUUUUGUUAACUUUUAUUUCAACCCGUAAUUUUAAAUCUAUAAUGGCUUUCAUAAUAGAUGGUGAGGAUAACCUAAAAACUGAAGAACAUGAUGAAGAGAAAUUGUUUAUCAUAGAUAAUGAUAAACAACAAGCGAUUCUUGAAUUAUUUGAAAAGCAGAAGCAAAUAUUAGACACACAAGCAGCAGCUGAAGAGGAAGUUCAAAACAAACUGAAGGGUUUAAAAAUUGAUAAUUUAUUUGAUGAUUUUUUCAAUGAAAUGCAUUGGACUAGUACUGUUGCGAUUAAAAAAGAGAAAAAAGUCAAAUUUCAUUUUGAGCAGUUAGAUAUUGAGAGUGGCAAGCUGAAAUCUGACCUUGGUAAAGUAGAUAUAGAAAAAGAAAUGCAAAGUUCAGUUUUAAAACCUGGCAUAGAGAAAGAACACAGUCUACCAAAAUAUGAUAUGAGUGAAAGAGCACUGAAAGCAUUACGUAAGAAAGAAAGACAGAAGACCAAAGGUCCAGAAUGGUUCAAUCUACCGGCUCCUGAGAUAAGAGAAGAAUUGAAGAAUGACCUACAAGUACUCAAAAUGAGAUCGGCAUUAGAUCCCAAACACUUCUACAAGAAGAAUGAUAUGGAAGUAUUACCUAAAUAUUUCCAAGUUGGCAGAAUAAUGGAUUCACCCUUAGACCAUGUUAAUGAGAGAUUAACCAAGAAACAGAGGAAAAGGACCAUGGUUGAUGAGUUGUUGGCUGAUGCAGAGUUCCAGAAGUACAACAAGAAGAAAUAUAAGGAAAUUAUAGAAGAAAAGAGAAAAUCAGAAUAUAGAACCUUCAUGAAGGAUAAAAGACAAAAGAACAAAGCAGAACUAAAGAAGAAUAAAUUAAAAGCAAAGAAAAAGGUGCAGAGUUAGCAAAUAAAUAAAUUUAUUUUAUAA